AUGAAGUAUAACCCCAGAGUCUCCUCUAGCAGGCGCAAGAACCGGAAGGCCCACUUCACGGCACCGUCCUCUGUACGCAGGAUCUUAAUGAGCGCCCCGCUCUCCACCGAUCUCCGCCAGAAGUACAACGUCCGAUCCAUGCCAGUCCGCAAGGACGAUGAAGUCCAGGUUGUUCGUGGGACCUACAAAGGACGCGAGGGCAAGGUGGUUCAAGUUUAUCGCAGAAAGUGGGUCAUCCACAUCGAGAGGAUUACACGCGAGAAGGUAAACGGGUCGACAGUUAAUGUCGGCAUCAACCCAUCGAAGGUCGUUGUUACAAAGUUGAGGCUUGAUAAGGAUAGGAAGUCUUUGUUGGAUCGCAAGGCAAAAGGUCGCGCUGUUGGAGAGAAAGAGAAGGGCACUAAGUUCACUGCUGAAGAUAUCAUGCAGAGUACAAUUCCAGAGAAGAACAAGGCAAGUGAAGGAUCACCAUGGGAGUUUGUGGGUCUCUUGCCUCUUUUCGACCCUCCAAGGCAUGAUAGUGCUGAGACUAUCUGCCGAGCCCUUGGCCUUGGUGUCAAUGUUAAGAUGAUCACUGGAUACCUUUCCUUCUCCUUGGCCUCCUCCUCCCUCUUCCUCUUGUCCUUCUCUUCUCAUGGAUAUGAUUUCACUGGGCUACGGGGCUCAUUUAGUCACAGCCCGGAAUGCGGCAACUAUAACGUAGUUUGCAGAAGCAAACAAUUUCAAGAUGACACAAAAAGUAAAAUUCCAAAUGGUACUACAAACUGCAAUAAUCACACCGAAUCAAGCAAAGACCUGGUCCUAAGGGCUAAUAAAGGUGAGCCAUCAGGGUCGUGUCAGGAACAAGAGAAAUCUGGCGUAAGUUCUCAGUGCACUUCUAGCAGCAUUCCACAAGAACCAGAAUCAAAACCAAAGCCUAGGAUCCUUCUAGUGGAAGAUAACAAGAUCAAUGUAAUGGUGACCAAAUCAAUGAUGAAGCAGUUAGGCCAUACCACGGAUGUCGUGAACAACGGAGCUGAAGCUGUGCGUGCAGUUCAGUCCUGUUUUUACGAUCUCAUUUUGAUGGACGUCAGCAUGCUGGUUAUGAAUGGCCUUCAAGCUACACAAUUGAUUCGUUCUUUUGAAGAAACUGGCAAUUGGGAUGCUGCUAUUACAGCUGGAAUAGAGCCAUGUGCACCAUCCUCAGCUUCAUUACAAGAUGGCCAGAUUUCUGUUCAUUAUGAUAAGCGGAUUACUAUAAUUGCGGAGAGCACUUCACUCUUAAUAGCCCUUAAAAGUUUGAUACCCAUUUGGUCUCCUGAUUCACUUCAAUGUUGCUUGGUUUCUAUACCAGCCGAUUUAUGGUUAUCAGAUAGUGCAGAGGAAUUCUAUGCUAAUGGCAAUCUCUGGGUUCUUGUUAAGUUUGGAUUCGAAAGAAAUGGCAGAGAAGUGUCCACAAAUAAUAAGGUACAGAAGGUGAUGCAGGAUGUUCUUCAGUAA